GCACAGUAUCCAACGUAGCCAUGUAAAAAUCGGUCCCAGGGCGUGCUGGAUACCCAGAAGGAGACAAUAUAAAUAUGGCCAUCUCGCGUCUCUAUUUCAAUAUUCUCUUUUCAACCACCUUCUCAGUUUCUUAAUAAAAGGCACAAGCCAUCGAAUCCACCGUUCAUUUUCUUCCUAACCAUGUCGGACUCGACAAGACCUCACCACCCCACGGCUUCGUCUUCUUCGAGGUCAGGAUCAACAGGAUCAACGUCUAAUCGAGAGACUAUUUUCUCGUCAACCUCAAGACAAACGUCCUGCACCAGUGUCUCGUCUCCUUUAAGAACAGAAACAACAGGACCAUGGUCUAGCGAAGAGAGUCUUACUAUUGAAACUGCGGCACCUGGCCCAAUGGACACGCACCCGGAAAAUGACGGUGCAUUGCUGAUGGGAACCGGGAGCUGGGCUACAUCGGAUCCAUUGGCCCAUGUCGAGCAGGCCGAGGACUGGCCGAAUGCCACCGAGGCUUCUUAAUUGAUUGUGUUGGAUGCAUAUUUGUAUCAAUCGGAAAUUUGCUUGGGGAAUUUAAUGUGGUAAAUUGGGGUAUAUCGACAAGCGUAGCGAGUAGUAUAGUGAAAUGUCGGACAUGGCUAUUAGGGUAUAAACUUUGUCACGUGACGUUUUUGUUUUCUCGAAACCUACUAUGUACAAAAUGCACAUGCAAUAAAUAAAUAAACCG